AGAUGUUGAAUGAGAAAAGCAUCCCAAGUAUUGAUGUCUCAGAUUUUCCAGGAGAAUCCGAAACACUAAGAAAAGCAGGCGAAGAAUGGGGCUGUUUCAGAAUCUUGAAUCAUAACAUCCCAUCAUCUCUCCUGUUGGAGAUGAAGGACGUGGUCCGAUCUUUGCUGGACCUUCCGAUGGAAGUUAAGGCUCGGAACACUGCUGUGAUAGCAGGCAGUGGCUACGAGCGACCCCAACAGAUUAAACCUAUUUAUGAGGCUCUUGGUAUUUAUGACUUCACCUCCUCCGAAGCUGUCGAUACGUUUUGCUCUCAAUUGGAUGCUUCUACUCAUCAAAGGAAGGUGAUAUCCGAGUAUGCGAAAGUGAUCUAUGAGCUUUCGUUGGAUUUAGCGGGGAAGAUAGGUGGAAGUAUGGGCGUGGUAAGAAAUGAUUUAUUCGAGGGAUGGGGUUCUCAAUUUAGGUUCAACAAGUAUAACUUCAGUUCUGAAACGGUAGGCUGCUGUGGAAUUCAGAUGCACACAGAUUCUGCAUUCUUAACCAUACUUCAAAUUGAUGAGAAUGUUAGCGGUCUUGAAGUGAUGGACAAGUCUGGUGCAUUUAUUCCUGUUGAUCAUCAACCCGGAACCCUCCUCGUCAAUCUUGGCGAUGUUGCUACGGCAUGGAGCAAUGGGAGUCUGUGGAAUGUAAAGCAUAGAGUGCAAUGCAAGGAAGCAACAGUACGAUACUCAAUCGCUUCAUUUCUCCUUGGACCGAAAUACUCUGUUGUGGAAACUCCGCCCGAACUUCUGGAUCCUCAAAACCCUAGACUUUAUAUUCCUUUCACUUUCAAUGAUUACAGAGAGUUGCGUCUCAAAACUAAACUGAUAGCAGGCCAAGCACUCGAGCUUAUGCGUAUUAACUCAUGAGUCGUCACACAUUUUACUUAUUUAAUAACUUUUUCCUGGAUCAUAUAAGUGUAGUAGAAAGAUUCAAAUUGGUCACUGUAUAAACAAUUCUAUUGAAUAAGUCUUCAUUGUUUGAUUCUCA